CUUUUUAGACCCAGGCGCACCCCCUUCCGCUCGCUCACGCACAGGCUUCGUUGGCAAAGUCUACCCCUUGGAGCACUUCAUCCGACCCUGAAUACUCGACGUAUUCAGUCUGUCAUUCUUUUAUCUCUGACGCGCUGCUAUAUCGUGGACUCAUCAACGAGAACAUCUUUCACUCUCGGCUUUGCAACGGGCGUCAUUUGCGAACAGCAAAACCAUCAGCGAACGCUUCACCCUGUGAGCUGAACGAUCACCCACAUCGUUAUCCCAUCGGCUGUGGCCCGUCUCCAACCCGACGCGGUGCCGGCCAUCUUCAACUUCACCUCUUCUUCAACGCCUCAAUACGCCUGCGACGCAGGCCUUUGACCUCUCCCUCUCACGCUAUCCUGCUACACGGGUCCGCUUCACCUGCGGCAAGAUGCAUCUGCCGACGAUUUUCACCGCCCUCCUUUUGCCGCUCGCGGCGGUCGCGCAAGAGGUGACGACGACUUCCACCAGCACCGUGACCAUCACCAAGACCCUCACGCUGCAGCGCGCCGUCGUGACCGUUCCCAGCAACACGACCAGCUUCCACCCGACUGCCCCUUCUGCCCCUUCAACGACUCUGACGCAGCCCAGCGCCACUGGCGCUGGCGCGUCCAUCAGCCCCACCCCGAACGCCGCGGGGCCAGCCCUCGGCGCCGCUGCCCAUGUCGCGGCGGCUGCUGUGGCGGGCGUCAUUGCUGCUGCGCUCCUGUAAGCCGUCGCCGUGGGCUUCUGCGGUCGAUCGGGAGUGCGAAUGGGGAUGAGAUUUGUGGUCCGCACGGGCCCUUCCAAACCAACCGGGAUGGAGACGCCGGGAGCGACGCAGCCUGGCUCAUUGCUAGCCCGAAUUCUUCGAUGCGAGCAUCACACCAAUUCUUUCCUUUGUCAGACCGAGGCAUUCUUGAUUCGACCGGACCGGUUGGCUCCUCCAACUGGUUCUGAGAUAUGGCCGCCCUUUGCAACGACUCUCCCGCCACCAAUCUGACGAGACCAUCGUUGGCACCUCGAUGGUCGCGCGACACUUCGUUCUUGCGUUUCCGGUUCUCGACGGCAGGCAGGCCCGCGCGCCAUUGACAGCCUCGGGGGAUUCCACGCGACCUUGACCGAAUCUCUCUGCCUUUGGCUUUGUUUCUUCUUCGUUCUUCCGGCGAACCACUCGCACGGACAGAUCUUCCCCUUUUGCCGCUUGCGGCUCAUCCUCAACCUUGAUACCCUUUGCCAUCUUCU